CACAUUCAAUGUCGUGCUAAUUUCUGACUCGGUUAUUUUAUUAGUAUAAAGAAAACGUGUGGAUAUUUAAUCAAGUAUGGAACGUUGGGAAGGUCGAGUUGCCUUGGUAACAGGGGCGUCAUCUGGAUUCGGAGAGGACAUAGCAAAGAGAUUGACAGAACUGGGAAUGAAAGUUAUUGGAUGUGCGAGAAACAUUGACAAAAUACAGGCAUUAGCAGACGAUCUUAAAGAUGCUAAAGGAUCAUUGACGGCAAUAAAAUGUGACGUCUCAAAGGAGGAAGACGUAUUGGCCAUGUUUGAACAAAUCAAGAAGGAGUACGGAGGCGUUGACGUGUGCGUGAAUAAUGCGGGGCUUUCCCAUGAUGCACCGUUGUUGUCCGGAGCAACAGAUCAAUGGCGGAAUAUGUUUGACGUGAAUGUUAUUGGACUGAUGACCUGCUCCCGGGAGGCGUACAAAUCCAUGAAAGAAAGAGGGGUAGAUGAUGGACACAUAAUACUUAUUGGCAGCAUGUCGGCUCACCGCGUUGUUCCGGACGCACCUUCCAUCCAUUGCUACGCCGCCACAAAAUUUGCGGUCAAGGCUAUAACAGAGGGUCUCAGAAACGAACUGUAUGCUGCUAAAACACACAUUCGAGUAACGCAUAUAAGCCCAGGACCAGCGUGGACGGAUUUCAAUAACCGGAUGUAUAAAGAUGAACCAGAAAAAAUUAAAGGCAUGUGGAAAGGCGUGGAGACGUUGACGUGUGAAGACAUUGCAGAUAGCGUCGUGCAUGCUUUGUCGGCGCCUGGAAGGGUACAGAUACACGACAUUCUGAUCAGACCCACGGAAUUCAAGUUUUGAUAUCGAUGUCUGUGUUCAGCUGACCGAGAUUAAACGAAAAUAAAGCAGAUGCAAGUUCUUGUUACAGGAUAUCAUUGUUUAACUAACUCAUUUAGAAACUUCCUCUUGAUGGGUCCAUGUUUUGUUUUCUUAAUAUUCACAAAUAAUAAAAUCAUGAAAUUUAAAAGUCAUUAUUUGUUUUC